AUGGCUAACACUGAAGGUCAAGGGAUUAACGAGAAUGGCCCAGACAGAGAACCUGCUAGCACUUUCAGUUCAAAUGACGAUCCAAAGGCAAAGGUGCCAAAACUACGUGCCACGUGUGAUGCGUGUCAAGCAGCCAAAAGCAGGUGUUCGCGAGGGAAUCCUUGCUUCCGGUGCAUGCACCAUGGAGUACAGUGCAAAUACAGCCCUUCGAAACGGAUUGGCCGACCUCAACGGAACACGAACGAGUCAAAGAAUGAAGAAAAAGAAGAGAACCCUCCAAAGAGAAAGAAAAAGGCCGCCGAUUCAAACUUAAGUUCUAGAAGCUGUGACGAAUCAAAAGAUCACCGUGCUUCUAUCUCAACUACUCCGUCACUUGGUCAUAGUACAGUCUCUUCUGCUGCGAACACUAUCAGUUCCGCUCUGUCAACUUUGCCGUCCGCCCUUGGAGACACAGGCAGUUGGAUGGAUGCUGUAGGCGAUCCACAAAGCCUUGAUGGUGAUACUAUCAAUCUGUCUAGCCUAUACAGUGACGAAAUGGAUGUUUUUAGCUAUCCAAUCGCUCCAAACUUUCAAUUACCAUCUUUGGACUUCGUGGAGGCUUCCAUCGCUGAAGCAGCCUUUGAUAAUGCGGUUGGCCAUGCACUGAACACUAAAAAUCUCGCGACCAGGGAAGCUGGAUCACAGACGCCGCGAAUAGAAACAGGACAACAGCCAGGGUCAUCCAUUCCAGGUUUUAAUAACAACACUUCGGCAAGUAAAUCAACCGUUACGAUACACCCAACAGAAAUACCUAAUAUUCGACUUCCUCUUUUCCCAGAAGAGGCAGCCGUAGCACUGUCAAACAAUUCCUCUGCCGCAUCACUAGGCUGUGAUUGCUAUCGUUCCAUUCUUAGCCGAUUGCUUGAUUUUGAAGAUAGUAGGAAGAAUAGCUUGACAAUGGCCAUUGACCUGAUCCUCACCUUGAAUAGGCGGACUCAAGACUUGUCCGACAAGGUUCUUCAAUGCCAAACGCACUCAACGCAUCGGCCAGACCUAUUGCUUCUACUUGCCAUUGCCAUUGACAACGUUCUCUGCAUCCUCGAGAGCGUUUUGAACCAUAAAAAGCGUCAUGAUGUUAUGACUCGAUUCAACAUUCAGCCUGUGAAUCUUUCCCCUCCUGGAUUAUAUAGCGGUGGGGGUAACAGCUCUUCCAUGCAGGCGUCUCACGCAGGGCCGCCAACGAAGUGCAAUGCCAAGGAGCUUAUAUUCAUGAAGCUGAUAGACAGCCGUCCACUACUCAUUGGCAAUGUUGAGAUUUCGCCUGAUGAGAAGGUGGAUUUUGGCAUGCAUGAUGCAGGAGCACUCUCAUUUGCUGUCAAGUAUCGGUGUUUCCCUGGUGAAGGAAAUGCACCGACGCCUACAUUCGGUGAUAGGGAGGUUGGAGCUUUGGGAGGGCCGAAGGCUUUUCGCUAG